UCUUGCAACUUACUCUCCCUUCUUUCUUUCAGGGCCUUUUUAUCAACACUCAUGGGUCAGUAUUUCUCUGAUACAUCUAAGAAUGAUGACUGUGGAGAGUUGACGUCCAGCUUUACUACAUAUUUUAAGAUGACUAACACAGAAAGCAAAAUCAUUACUCAGGAAAUCAUCGAUUCAAUUGAGCUACAUCUGACCAAAGGAAACAUUCAGGGGGCAAACUCUGUAAUCAGGGAUGCAUUAAAAAAUAUUGAUAACAUCCCAAUAAACGUUGCUAUUACUGGGGAGUUUGGAGCAGGGAAGUCCAGCUUGAUCAAUGCCCUCAUGGGGGUGGGACCUGAAGAUGAAGGUGCAGCUGAAGUUGGGGUGGUACCGACAACUAUGAGGAGCACUCCAUACAAACACCCCAAAAUUCAAACUUUGACUCUAUGGGACCUGCCUGGCAUUGGAACUCUGAACUUUCCACCAAAAGAUUAUCUGGAGAAAGUGAAUUUCCAAGUGUAUGAUUUCUUCAUUAUUGUUUCUGCCACACGUUUUACAAAACUCGAACUAGACCUUGCCAAAGCAAUCACAUUCAUGAAAAAGAAUUACUACCUUGUGAGAACCAAGGUGGACCGGGAUUUAGACAAUGAGAAGAAAUGCAAUCCACUUACCUUUGACAGAGAAAAGACCCUGCAUCAGAUAAGAAGCAUGUAUGUGAAUACCUUCAUUGAGAAUAACAUGGAUGCUCCGCAGAUUUUCAUGGUUUCUAACAUGUAUUUAUCUGACUAUGAUUUUCCUGUCCUGAUGGACACCCUGGUAAAGGAUCUUUCUGCUCAAAGGCGCCACAAUUUCUUGCUUUCCUUGCCUAAUAUUACAGAACCAGUCAUUGACAGAAAGUGCAACUCUAUGCAGCAGGCUAUCUGGUUGGAAGCCUGCAAGGCUGGACUUUUAGCUACUCUUCCUGUAGUGGGCAUCCUCAGGGAUGAUGUGGAGAAGCUGAAGGAGAAAUUGAACCACUAUCGAGUCCUCUUUGGAGUGGAUGAUGAAUCCCUGGAAGUCAUGGCUAAAGAUUCCCAAGUGCCUGUUGAACAAUUGAAAAAACUCAUUAAAUCCCCUUAUUUGUUGGAAACUGAGGGAGAAACAACAUUAGGAGAAAUGUUUUUAAAAUAUUUGGAGAAAUUUGCAUCAGCUACUGGUGGGCCCUUGGCUACAGGUCUCUACUUUAGGAAAACCUUUUACUUGCAAUUUCUGUUCCUUGACACAGUGACUGAAGACGCCAAAGUUCUCCUUAGACAAAUUUAAGAAAGUAGUUUAAACUCACCUUAUCCACAACUACUGACCAUGACAAGAUCAAAUGAUUACUAUCAAGAAGUCAUUAGAAGAAUUCCCCCUUUUGACAUAUUUUCUUUACUCUAGCUAAUCGGCUAUCACCGUGGAGACACAUAAGAUAUGGACCAUGCUCCUUACUAUGCCACAGUCUGACAACUCCAGUCCCUCUUCACCUCUCUACACUCCUUUCUGUCUUUAACUCUACCUGUUGAGGAAAAUUGUUUUAUUUGGACAAAGAUUUGUUACAUUUGUUUAUGUUGCAGAAUAUGACCUUAACUGUGUAAAAAUCAUGGUACAUUUGGCAUUCCAAUGUGUGGCCUGUAUUUUCAUGUAGGGCCUAAAAAAGCUGAGAAAAAAGAAAUAAGAAAAAGAAAGAAGCCACAUUUAAAAAAAAAACAGCUAAAGCAAGGCCCAGCAUUCAAUGCUAAUAAAUCUCUGUGUCAUAAUUUGGGAGCUGAUUCGUGACCUAAAACAAACCCGGAUACAUUCACCUGCACAAUUGAAUACACACGCACAAACUUGCACACAUUCAUGAAUGAACACAUACAACACCCAAAAUGCUCAAGCACACGCAAAAGAUAUGAAUAAGUGCUUUGUAGCUAGUUCCUCCUAAUCAGCUAAUCAAACAUUCUAAUGGAAUCUCAGGAAGCUGGAGGCACUUGCCAUGUAUGUAUGAGGACCAGAGCUCAAUUGCCAGAACCGAUAGAGAAGUUCAGUGAAUGUGGCAGCCGCCUUGUACUUCUACACUCAGAAGGCAGAAACACUGCAACCAUGGAGCAGGUUGGCUUGCUAGGCUGUGUAGAUCUACAAGCUCGGGAUUCAAUGGAGAGAAACUACGUUGAUGAAAAGGGUAGAAAGUAAUGGAGCAGGAGACCCAACAUAAGCCUGAAAUGUCCACAUACAUGUGAACAUGUACACCCCUCAUGGGGACCCAUUUUAAAUACAAAAUAAAAUAAGAUUCAGGAAGGAAAUAAAAUCUCAAGUCUUAAACUAUGGAAACAUAAAAGUUUCAUGAAGCUCUCCUCAAGGUUAACAAGUAGUGGGUACAUUGUCUUAGUUUGUACCUCUGUUGAUGGGAUGAAACACUAGCUGUUGGUACGCAGUCAAUGAAGGAAGCUGUGUGAGGAGAUUCCUGAGAGCUUGGGAGAAAACUCCAGUUCAAAGACAAGAAGACAAAUCCACCUGGCUAGAGCUAUCAUAAAAUUUACAUAUUUACAUACAAUUUUUUUUUUUUUGGUAACUUCUGUUCUUCUAUAGCAUGGAUUUUUUUCAUGGAAUGUACUGUCGUGCCCCUCUGAGGUGGAAUAAACAGGAGAGGGCUUUACUGUAGAUUACCCAUCAUUUUACCACUAGUAUUCAGGAUGAUGUUUCCAAACAGAAGUUGUCCUCUUGACUCUGUACUGCCUAAUCCCAGGUGGCUUUGCCUUUGUGAUUGAUCAUGAAUUGAACUUAAGUGAUCUUUGCUCACAUGAUCUUGCUUGAUCCUCAAAGUGCCCUCAGAAUAUAAACUGUGUGAUUCCCUGAAUAAAGUUGGUUAUUGCAUGAGA